UUGAUGAAGAUAUUUUUUUGGUAAAACCCAAAACCCUACUUGGUUAGUUUCCCAUUUCGUUAUCUGCUGCUUCUCGUCCCCUUUCGCAUCACAAUUAGACGGUGUCUAAGGACAAGCAUGCAGAUUACAGAGCUCACUCUCCCACCUCCAUUUCCCUGCGGCUUCGACGCUGCCACUCUCACUCUGAUAUCGCCACCCACAGUCUCGCUCUGCUAAUUUGUAUAGUUUGCUUCUGCGUUCUCAACCGCCCCAACCAUUUCUGCUUUGGGUUCUGUUCUUCAACUCCUUCUGGAAAUGGUUUUGAAAUUUCUGUGAUUUUGGGUACUUGUGGAAGAAGAAGAUGAUGGAAAAGAUAAAGAGGAAAACUCAAUCACAGCUUGAAGCCCUUGAGAGCUUCUACUCAGAGGAUAGGUAUCCUUCACGAACGGCAAUGGAAUGCCAUGCUGCUGCCUUCAGAUUGACUUACAAGCAGGUUCGGGGUUGGUUUGUUGAGAAGAGGAGGAGAGAGAAGCGAGAAAAUAAAACCACUGAGGAGUUGGGUGGAAGAAAUGGGUCGGGAGCUGGUGCUCCAAGGGUAGUUAAACACUGCCUCUCAAAAGCAAAAGCUCCUUCGUUGUCGAGAUACAAGCAAACAAAAAUGAAUGGGAAUCAUAUUCAGGAAUUGUUAACUCCAGACUACAUUCUCAAGAAGGUGUUCCGCAAAGAUGGUCCUCCCCUUGGUGUGGAAUUUGACUCUCUCCCCUCUCGGGCACUUUUCCAUUCUACAGAUCCCGAAGAUUUACAUCCCCCUUGCAAAGAGAACCAAAGAGAAACUAAAAGGAGGAAGGUUACCGAGCAUGCUGUCAUUGGUCAUCAGAAUUGCGACAAGAGUGCUCCAGUGAAAAAACAUGGUGUUGGAAAAGGUUUGAUGACGGUCUGGCGGGCAACCAAUCCUGAUGCUAGAGAUUUUCCUGUUGACAUGGGUUUUGCGAACGGUGAAGUCACUAGUGUAUCAUUAAAUCCAACUUCUGUAUCACGAAAACCAGUAACUCGGAACAGAAGAUUGCAACAAAAAAAAUGUGUUCCUAAACAGGGACGGGUACGGAAUAAGGUACAAGAAAAGAGGAAACAUUUCGUCAAAAGAAGAGAAGUGGAAUCUAACAAUGAGAAUCAGACUCUGCCAAGCAAAGAAAAAUGUGAACUUGCUUUGGAAGGAGCAGGUUCCCAAGAACACUCGGAUAAGAUUGCAAUGCUUGUGGAAGAUGAAGAGCUGGAGCUGAGACAAUUACAAGGAAGGCCAAAUGCAUUGGGGUGCUCUGAUCAUUUUACUACUAAUGGAGAUCAUGCCUGUUCACUUUGCAAAGAUUUCCUGGCCAAGUUUCCUCCAAAUUCUGUCAAGAUGAAGCAGCCAUUUUGUAUGCAACCUUGGGAUUCUUCUCCAGAGAUUGUCAAGAAACUGUUCAAGGUUUUCCAUUUCCUUUGUACUUAUGCCGUUAUGGUAGACAUAAGUUCCUUCACUAUUGAUGAGUUUGCCCAAGCAUUUCAGGACAAGGAUUCCUUGCUACUUGGAAAAAUUCAUGUGGCUCUUCUGAAGCUUCUUCUAUCUAAUGUUGAAGCCGAGCUUCGCUGUGGAUCUAUACCUCAUUUGAGCAAAUCAUGCAAUUUUCUUGCAUUUAUUCACUCGGUUGAAAAUCAAGAAUCCACUCUGGAAUUCUGGAAGAGAUCACUUAACCCUUUAACAUGGACAGAAAUACUGCGUCAAGUACUGGUUGCUGCUGGUUUUGGUUCAAAGCAAGGUGCAAUGCGAAGGGAUGCCCUUAGCAAGGAAAUGAGCCUUAUGGUGAAGUAUGGUUUACGCCCUGGUACUUUGAAGGGUGAAUUGUUUAGAGUUCUUCUAGAGCAAGGAAUUCAUGGGUUGAAAGUUUCUGAGUUGGCGAAGUCAUUGCAGAUUUCUGAAUUGAACCUUUCCAGUGGAAUAGAGGAACUAGAGUCUUUAAUUGGUUCAACUCUUUCAAGUGAUAUUACAUUAUUUGAAAAGAUUUCAUCAUCCACAUAUCGUGUGCGUAUUAAUUCUUCUGAAAAGGAAGUGGAGGAAUCCCAAUCAGAUACCGAAGACUCUGGAGCAGUUGAUGAUGACCUCAGUGACAGUGGUACAUGUAGCAGUGAUGAUGAUUCUGGGUGCAAUUCAGGAAAUUCCCAAAUUAAAAAGCUGACUUAUAUGAACCAUGGAAAAAGUAAAGAUAACAUGGUGACAGUAUACACCGAAAUUGAUGAGAGCCAUCCAGGAGAAGUAUGGUUGUUAGGACUGAUGGAAGGCGAAUAUUCAGAUUUAAGCAUUGAAGAAAAGUUGAGCGCAAUAGUGGCUCUAAUUGAUCUUCUUCAUGCAGGUUCUAGUUUUAGAAUGGAGGAUCCUAUAAAUGCCAUUGCUGAAUGCAUUCCUAGCAGUCUUCAUUCUGGUUCAGGGGCGAAAAUUAAGAGGUUAUCAACUAAACAACAUCGCAUGCCCAGGCCAACCUGGGUCCAUGCAGGACAUACGAGCGGUGCAAAAGAAGAUUAUACAUUAAAGUUUCACCCUAUAGAUUCUUCAGGGUCAAUCUCAAAGUUCUCUGACGAGAGAUUCUCUACAAAAGAGAAAAAUGGAAAAGAAAGAGAAGUGCGGUUUGACUUACACCCAAUGCAAUCUGUGUUUUUGGGGUCUGAUCGUAGAUACAAUAGAUACUGGCUUUUCUUGGGCCCUUGUAAUGCAUAUGACCCAGGACAUAGAAGGGUUUAUUUUGAAUCUUCAGAAGAUGGUCACUGGGAGGUGAUUGAUACAGAAGAGGCUCUGUGUGCUUUGUUGUCAGUUUUGGAUGACAGGGGUAAACGAGAGGCUCUUCUUAUUGAAUCCCUAGAGAAACGAAUAGCGUUUCUGUGCCAAGCGAUGUCAAGUAGAAUGGUAAAUAGUGAUAGAAUUGACAACUUGGCGCAAUCUGAUCAAUCUGAGCUGGAUAGUGUUAGAGAAGACACUUAUUCACCAGUAUCUGAUGUAGACAACAACUUAUCUGGAAUUGCAAAUGAUUCUCUGCCUUCAUCUGGAGUUGUGGUUCUUGAAGUUAGAAAGAAAGGAGAACAACAGAAACAGAAAUGGAGCCGAAUCCAAGCAUUUGAUUCAUGGUUAUGGAAUUCCUUUUACCUAGAUCUUAAUGCUGUCAAACAUGGUAAACGAUCCUAUUUUGAUACACUUACUAGAUGUGAAAGUUGUCAUGAUUUGUAUUGGAGAGAUGAGAAGCACUGCAGGAUUUGCCAUACAACAUUUGAGCUUCAUUUUGAUCUGGAAGAAAGGUAUGCCAUCCAUGUAGCCACAUGUAAGGAGAAAGAAGCGAGUGAUACUUUUCCUAAGCAUAAGGUCCUCUCAUCACAGAUCCAAUCACUAAAAGCUGCGAUGCAUGCAAUUGAGUCAGUCAUGCCAGAAGAUGCUUUGUUGGGUGCUUGGAAAAAAUCUGCUCAUAAGCUAUGGGUGAAACGACUGAGACGUACCUCAUCUUUGGCUGAGCUUUUGCAGGUUCUUGGUGAUUUUGUUGGUGCCAUCAACGAGGACCGAUUAUAUGAAUGCAACAUAGUGCAAGGUUCUUGUAAUUUUAGUGAAGAACUGAUUGCGUCCUUUGCCUGUAUGCCCCAAACAACAUCUGCAGUUGCACUCUGGUUGGUAAGAUUGGAUGCCUUAAUUGCUCCAUACUUGGAAAGAGCCCAUUCUCAGAAAAGGCUGGAAAUUAGUGUCAGAGGGAAGCAUGCUCCAAAGCAAUAGCACCGCCUUUUUUCGGUAGAUUAGCCAAAUUCAAUCCCACAUUUUUUUGACAGAUUGAGGAGCAAAUAUAUGUCCAUUGUACUGCCAGAUCAGUGGAACUGUUGCAGGCUUUGAAACCGCGGUACUUUGUAUGAAGCUAUGCUUCAAGUUUUCUAUUUAGUUGCCAUAUAUGGCUAUUGAGCCGUUAGAUGUACAGCAUGAAGGAAAGUUGGACGUUUAAUAGAUACAAGAGUUUCAUAUCACUGAAGCCUGCUCCAGAGAAAUAUCCACACGUUUAUCCUAUAUUCUCUUGUAUAGAAUAUGGCAGCCUCUUUACUGUCUCAGUCAAUGGAGGAUUCAGAUUUUGUUUCA